AUAAGUAAACAAUCUGGACGUGAAAUGGAAACGGUAAUUAAUGCAGUAAUGCUGUUACACCUCGAGUGUGCAAAUCCCAUUGACUCGCCGCGCCACGGGGGUGCCGGGCUAACGCGGACUGGAGGCGUGCGCCUCGGCCGCCGGCUCCCUCCCUCUCCCCUCCCUCCUCCCUCGGUCCCGGGUGAGGCGCCCGGAGAGCCCGCGGGGGCUUGGCCCGGCUGCAGGAAGUCGGGAGCAGCUAAGCGGCACUCGGGACUCCGAGAUCUCCGCCCUCUGCCAGCUAGGAGGGUGCGCCGCGCCAGCUCUCCCGCGGCACCAGGCACGCGCCUCACAUCCACCUCCCCUCCUUCUCACCGCCUAUUAGCGCCCGCAGAGCCUCGGGGCUCCGAGGUGCGGCCCGACCCUGAAACACCUAGGAGAGGCAGGGAGCGGCGGGCGGCGCGGAGCCCUGGAGGUGCAAGGAGGACCUGCACUCAAGUGCGGUGGAUCGUCCCGCAAGCGUCCGUGGGGUCGCCUCCCAACUUCAGGCCGAGUGGAACCCGGCAGGCCGGCAGAGUUUUCCGAGUUCCUGCCUCGAAGGCGGGGAUCCCGAAUGCAUUGCUUCUCCCAGCCCAAGAGUGA